ACGGAGGGAGGCACCUGGAAUCUUCCGAAAACCAGAAGGCGAAAACCACCAGCGGUUUUUGCUCCAGCUGCUGUUUGGUUGGGCCCUUCUGCCCCCCGGCGCGCUCCCUCUCGCCGUCAAUUAUCGUAUUCUAUUUUUUUUUGUUUUUUAAUUCUGUGUUUCCCUAUAUGACUUUCCAGCCUGGAAACCCAGAUUUCCAGAACAAACCCACCGGCAUCGUCGCUGCCAUCCUUGCUAUUACUUUCCCCCUUCCCGUCUCCUCGAUUACCAUUCCUCCUCCUUUCUCUUCUUUCUUUGAGAGAAGCUGGGUCGAAACCGAGUGAUUGGAUCUUAGCUUCGUUCUUCGCUGCCUCGCGUGGAGCUUUUCUUAUUGACGGAUCGCUGUUCCUCGUAUCGAUAUCUAGUGAAAUAAAUUUAGCAAAAAAUUUGAUUGGAAGAAGAUGGCGGAAGAAGGGAGAUGCCAGGAGGGGCACCGCCUUUGCGCGAACAACUGUGGCUUCUUCGGGAGCCCGGCGACGCUCAACCUCUGCUCCAAAUGCUACCGCGACUACCGUCUCAAGGAAGAGCAGGCCGCCUCCGCCAAGAUCGCUGUCGAGAAAUCCUUCGCCUCCUCCUCUUCCAGCUCCCCCUCCGCCGUCGCUGUGACGAGUCCGGCCGGAGAUGCGAGGAGCCCUGUGGCCCUGACCUUGCCAGAGGCGGCGGUGUCGGAGACGUCGCCGGUGGCCUCGCAGACGAGCAGGUGUACGGCGUGCCGGAAGAGGGUGGGGCUGACGGGGUUCAAGUGCCGGUGCGGGUCGACCUACUGCGGGGGCCACCGAUACCCGGAGCAGCACGGCUGCACCUUCGACUUCAAGGCGGCAGGCCGCGAGGCCAUCGCCCGUGCCAACCCCGUCGUCAAGGCCCACAAACUCGACAACAAGAUCUAGAUCUCACACAGAUCCUCUACCCCCGUUCGCUCGUCCGUUCAUCAAUCCAUCUGGUGUUCUGUUGUCGUUUCGUUGACGGACGUGAUCUAUCCUUCCCUGAUGGGACGCCGGCAUAUGUGCGCGUGUGCUGCCGGGUCUGGUGGUUGUGCUUUUCUUUGUUUUUUUAUAAAAAAAAUAGAUGGAUAUAAAGCCGAAAUGUAAACAAUUAUAUCCGCUUUAUUUUAGUGUUUGGCUUUUAUUUUAAUUA